AGGGUAUAAUGGGUAUUUUUACGAUUAACCCAGGCUCCGCAGUCUUCUGAAUUGUUUUUUUUGCGGGUUUGAAUUCCUUGUUUCUUUUAUUGAAUGUAUUGCUGAUCUCUUUCUCGGCUUGAUUUGAUAGUCGUUUAAGAACGUCGACAAUUCUUUUAAAGGCCACAUUUGGUUAAAGCAGCAGUCUGUUGACUGUGAGUCUGUGACUGUUCGGAAUGGCUGACGUUGGCGCAACUGGCAACAUACCGGCGGAACCCGAGACCAAAAAUGGUGUUUCGAAUGGCAGCUCCGCGGAAUCUCAGUCCAGUGAUACCGCCGAAGCUAAAUCACGUACCGUCUUGGCCCAACAGCGUGCUGAUGACAUCGCGAAGAAGAUCGUGGCGCAAAUUGAGUAUUACUUGGGUGACUUCAACCUCACUAUCGACGCCUUUUUUCGGGACUUGGUCCAAAAGGAUGAGGGAUGGGUGCCGGUAGAAACCAUCAUGAAAUGCAACAGAGUCAAGAAAUACACUACGAAUCCGAAGGACAUCAUUCCCAGCCUGGAGAAGUUUUCCACUAUGUUCGUCAUUGAUGACGCGAACCAACGAAUAAAGCUGACACAGCCGUUCACUGGAGAUUCGGACGAUAAGCGGGCUGAUCGCGAAAAUCGAACUGUUCAUGCGAAACGGUUCUUGAAAACCGCGUCCAUGGAUGCGAUGCAAGAUUAUUUUUCCAAAUUCGGUCCCAUUGAAGGCAUCGUUCUUCAUAAAUUCCAGGACGGUGAUGCAAAAUUGCGCGGGAAAUUUAAGGGAAGUGUCUCCGUUAUCUUUCGUAAUAAGGCUGAUGCGGAGAAAUAUCUGGCGGCAUCUGAAGUGGAAACGAAAUUUGACGGCAGAGAAAUGAUGAGAGCUUGGAAUAAGGAUCAUGUGGAACAACGCCAGAAACAGGAGGUUGAAAAGAAAGAGCAGAUUGAAAAAUCCAAAAUUCCUGGUUCGGUGCUGCACGUUUCUACCCAGAAAGCCAUUGACUACAUGAAAAUCAAAGAAUUCUUUGAAGCGCGGCACCCCGUGGAAUAUGUGGACCAUCAACGCGGUCAACGUGAAGCUCGAAUUCGUUUCAAAAACGGUGUAGCCAAGGAGGUGCUGGAUAAUAUCCUUUCUCAUAAUAACAAUAAAUUGGUCAUCGAUGGUACCCAAUACAAAGCGCGCGUGCUGGAAGGAAAAGAAGAGCAAGCAUAUUUCGAUACGUAUUGGGACACAUUUUUGGAAGCACGAAACAAUCGAAUUUUCCGGAAUAUGAAACCCGAUCAGCCAAAUAGUCAGUUUAAAUAUCAGCCUUCCAAAGAAAAAGCUGCAAAAGCUGAGGAAGACAAAACUAAGAGUGAAAAACCUGAGGAAACGGCAACAGAUUCGGCUGAUGCAUCGACCGCCGAAACCAAAAAUGAUCAAGUGGAAAAGAAACGCGAAGCAGAAGAAUCUGAUUCUCCGGGAUCCAAGAAAUUAAAAACCGAAGAGUCAGAAAAGAGCGUUUGAGUUCUUUUUCAUGUAGAAUUGUUUCUCUUUAAGAAUUUCCUUCGGGCGUGAUCGUAAUAGCCGAGAAGCUAAUAGUUGCUGUUUUACGAAAUGUGAGGAAUAUGGCGUUACGUAUUUUUUACGUAUAUCAUUCGUUUUUUACGUAUAUCUCUAUUCAUUUUAUGAAUUAUUUUGGUUAUUGGCAGCACUGGGAUAGAAUUGAACAGUUUUUAUCUUA